AAGGCACACAAUCACUACCAAAUCCGCGGCCCAAAUCAAUCCGGAUUCACAAACGAUCCUUUUUUCUUUCGCGCUUCUCUUUAAGUUUCAGGUAAAGGGUGUUUCUCUCUCAGGUGGAAAAGCGGAUCCAUAGAACACAAACCGAAAUUUGGGGUUGGGGAAACAGAUGUCAAACUAUAUUACAUUCUCAUCUUGACACUUUCAUCUUCAUCAACAAUCACCUCCACCACCAUACUUCAUUACUGGGUGUAAAGGUUGUGAUCAUCACCUCGACGACAGAAUGUUCACUUCAUCCACUCUGAAGCGAUCGCGUGCUGGUAGUAUAAUCACCGAAAGGAAUCCAACAGAUCAACAUAUCGAUUUACAUGAUCCCGAUCGUGGACCAGGAACACCAGAUUUCACUAUCGAUCGAUUUGGAAACAAGAAAGAGAACAAAGCUGUUGGAAAGAGCUCCUUACGCAAUGUAACAGAUGAUGAAGAUUAUCAGGCAAAUGAUGAAGAAGGUGAAAAGAAGAAAGGUCCCUUCCCUCCACGUCCAAGGUUAUCCAGCCAAAUUCGAUCAUUCUUUACUUCUUUCACAUCGGAAUCCAGCAACAAUGCUAUCGUCGUUCCAAAAGCUCGCUCCAGUCACCAAAUAGGAGGUACUUCUUCUGCUCAUAUGUUCCAAGGAUUAUCUGCAUCCGCACAAGCAUUACAAGAUGACGUUGAAAGAGCACAGGGUAAACAAUCACAACUUAAACCUUUGGCAAUGCCCUCGGCAAGACAAGCAGGACCAGAUGGAUUGUAUGGCUUAAACGAUGAUAGUCCGCCUUUGACACCAGCAACAAGUGAAGAAAGGGAUUCCGAAAGUUAUCAAUACGAAAUGAUGAACUUUGCUGGAAGAUCAAAUAAUCAAAAUGAAUUGAGUGAUGGAUCAUCGAUUUGGACUCCAUUUUCCGGGUCUAGUUCAGGGAGAACAUCACCUGCGAAUGGUGCAGCACAUGCACGUUCAUCUUCUAUGCGUAUCGUUACAGGUGCACCUUAUAUGAAAACAGCAAAAGUUACACAUGGAUCUGGUAUUUUACCCAGUCAUAUGAUCAGUCCACCAUCAAGUCCCGAUUCUCAUUAUACCCCAAACGGCAGAAAGCAUCGAAAUAACAGCAUUACAGCAGAAACGGAUUUGCAACCUAAAUUGUUCGACCUUAAUGUUUUACAAGGCCUGUCUUCACUCUCUUCUAUGGCAAUGUCAAGGAUGCACAACUUCUUCUUCUCGGCACAAAUGCCGCCUUUGCGACCACACGUACCUGCCUUGUUCUUUUUGUUAACGGCUUUUGUUGGAUCGACGAUUUGCAUUUUAUUGGCACUUUCAACUUUACCGUUGAAAUUACCAAAUCACAUCACGGAUUUGACCUUGAACGAAAUCCGAGAAAUGUCUCUCAGUUUACGAGAGUAUAGCAGAUCAAGCAACAAAGCAUUUGCUCAUACAUUGAUCGUUCUGGGCACAUUCUUUACAUGGAAACAAGCAUUCACCGUUCCUGGAAGUAUCAUUAUGAACGUCGUCUUUGGAGCUAUGUAUGGCACUUUGAUGGGUACUUUGUACACUUCUGUCCUUACUGCUGUUGGUGGUAUGUUGUGUUAUAUCUUGAUGGCUCCAAUCGGUCCUUUCAUUAGCGCUAUGCCAGGAUUGAACAAAGGAUUACAAAAGAUGCGAAAGGCAUUACAAGGAAGUAUGCCAAUGGAUAACAACACCACACAACCGAUCGCAUCUACUUCUACUUUGGAUACCAACGGAGAAUCAACUUCAACAAGAACACGUCAAAAUGCACGUUCGUUCUGGUUGGAUGCAAGACCAGAACGAAAGUCAUCGACGAUGAUCAAAGCCGACAAACAAGGAAAAGGAGCGAAGAGUAAAAACAGCGGUAGCCUUUGGUCUUAUUUGUUGGUUUUGCGAUUGUUACCCGUUGUUCCGUAUGGAUUGAUGAAUAUUGCUUGUUCGGUUUUACGUGUUCCUCUUUUACCCUAUACGAUCACUUUAGGUUUAGGAUCAAUUCCGUGGAACGCAUGUACGGUGCAAGUUGGAGAUUUGUUGGCAGAAGUGGCUUCAGUUUUACCCGUCGUUACUGCAAGUGUUGCCGAUCAAAUGGAUUCCGAUGGUUUCUCUAUUGGUGGUUCAACACAAUCUCCUGUUGCUCAAUCAGGAAUGCGUGCAAUCUCUGAAAAGAUUUGGAAUAAAGAAAUGAUGUUCAAACUUGUUUUGAUGAGUUUGGUCAGUUUAGCACCUAUGCUUAUUCAAAGAUGGAUCAAAAGAAACGAAGAAGAAACAGAAGAGGAAACAGAAGAAGGAGGAUUACUUUCAAGGGAAAUCGAACAAAUUCAUGCUUAAAGAAAACUCACAUACUUUGUACUUUUACACAUUUUUUUUAUAUGCUCUCACAUUUGUAUACCUAUGAAUUGUUACAAUUUCAUUAUCAAUCGCGAUCAAACAUCAUUA